AUGGAGCAACAGAUCAUAUUAGUGACUGGCGCCACUGGGACCCAAGGCGGGGCUACUGUCAGGUCUCUUGCUCAGCGAGGAUGCCGGGUUCGAACUCUGGUUCGGUCGAGCACCUCAGCUGCAUCAAAGGAACUAGAGAAGUCAGGCGUCGAAGUAAUGGUCGGAGAUUUUGAUGAUAUUCCUUCCCUGGAACGUGCAAUUAAAGGUGUUUCUGCCAUCUAUCUCAACGUGUCUCCGUCAUUCGAAGACUCUGAGGCAGAAAUUCGGCACGCCAACAAUAUUAUUACGGUAGCAACUCGGGCAGACAGCAGUGUGCAGACGCUGGUCUACAGCACCACAAUCUUGACCGGAAAGCACGGCACUUUUCCGGGCUGGGAUACAUGGAAUGACUUUGCACGGCAAUACUGGCUCAGCAAGGCGGCCAACGAGAACCGUGUUAGGACAUGCGGUGUUCCCAAUUGGACCAUUCUUCGUCCAUGCACCUUCAUGUCCAACUAUCUGCAACCUCUGGCCUCCUUUUUCUUCCCUGAGCUACUUCCAAAAGGCAUAUUACGCACGGCACUGACCGCGAAGACUCCCACAAUGCUGAUCAGCCCGGACGAUGUCGGUCGCUUCGCCGCCGCGGCCCUCACUCAGCCGGAUCGUUUCCAUGGGCAUGAGAUCGAUCUGGGUGCCGAGGCACUCACGCCACCUCAGAUCACUGCUGCACUGGCAGCGGCUUCGGGGCGCAAUGUGGAAGCCCAGUACAUUCCAAGGGACGAGGCCGAGAAGCUGAUCCCCAAGAGCCAUAUCAUUGCUGCCCAGACAUAUUUCAACGAGAGAAGUGCGCAGAUGAAUGCAGUGGCUUUACAGAAUCGUUGGGGGAUCAAGCUCUCGAGCUUCGAACAGUUCUUGAAACUGCACCGGAAGGAAGUUGAGAAGUCCUUUGCAAUCUGA